GUAAUUAUGAGUUUAUAUGGACGCAAACUAAAAUUAUGUCGGAGUGCACUGCUUGUUUAGCAAGUAAACAUGCUGCACAGUGUUUUGUACAUGAGUAUGUAAGAGCUUUCUUUGAAUUUUCAGCGCAAUUGAUGAAAUAGGAUCGCGCAACUUUCACACGCUUUCAAAACGAAACUACGGAGAUCAGCCGCUUAGUUUUAUCAAUGAAAGGCUAAAAAUAGCGCUGUUCACCGAAUGUUCACGCCAGAAGUCAAAAAAGACGUAAAACUUGUGUUUAAUACCUCAGAUUAGAUAAAUGGGCGGAGAGAAGGCGGUCGCGUGUGGCUGUUCGAACGCAUUCAACCACAUGUGCGUUCCGCAACUCCAAAGCGAUCCGAUCGAAAGUGGUUUCGACCACCUCUGGAUGUGGUUGAAAGUGGUCGAAAGUGGACGAGCUCAAAACGUUUUGAACACCGUUUACACCUGGCAUUAACGUCGUCCACUUGUGAUCCGAUCGACGAAAACACAUGUUAAUGCCAAGUGUAAACAGCCUCUAAGUUUCAAAAGGGGCAUGACUGAGCUGAUGGACCAGGGCCUUGACGUGGAGGUGAUGGCCACAGAUCGCUCAACAUCUAUUCAAAAAAUAAUGAGGGAAGAAUUUCCUAAUGUCCAACAUCAGUUUGACAUCUGGCACACAGCAAAAGGUUUCCGGAAGAAGAUGCAAAGUAAGGGGAAGAAAAAGGCAAAUGAAAUCAUCCAUGCAUGGACCAGGUCUGUCGUAAACCAUAUGUGGUUUGCCUGUGCGACAAGUAUGGGUGACGUCAAUGCAUUGAAAUGCCGGUGGAAGUCCAUUACACACCACGUAUGUAACGUGCAUGAGUGGACAGAUGAAAACGGAGAACAGCAUCGGUGUGACCAUGCUCCUCUAACAACCCAGGAGCAAAAGAAGCGCAUGUGGAUGAAAAAAGAUUCUCUGGCAUUUCAGAACCUGUCAUCUCUGGUCCUUGACAAAAGGCUUCUGAAGGACAUGGACAAGAUGGCACUGUUCAAACAUACAGGCCCACUUGAAGUCUUCCACAGUGCACUUCUAAAAUACCUACCCAAACGCCAGGCAUUCUCAUUUCAGGGAAUGAGGGAGCGAUGUCACCUUGCCAUCCUCGAGCAUAAUGAGAAUAUUAUCAAGAGGAAGCAGGACACAACCAAGACAGGACAACCACGGUUUAAUCAAGUCUACUGUAAGAGAUCCAAACAGUGGGUCUUGAAGAAAGUCUUCACACCACACACCACAGAGUUUAUAGACAUACUCAUCAAGAAGGUCAUGGAUAGAAGACGCAACCCAAACAUUUAGUUUACCAUGCCAACCUCCUCACUUGCCCUGCCACAGCCUUCACUGCCACCCAAUAUUGCACCCGUGCCCAAACCACCAAAGGAGGCUGCCAUAAGUUCUUUCCAAAGCCGCUUCUAAGAUGGAGAACCAAAAAUGUCUAUCUUAUUUAUUUUUAACAUGUACCUUUUGACUAUGGUGGCAGAAUAAUUUUUGUGUGUGAAUAUUAUUAAAACAAAUUUUCUUACA